UCCUCGAAAUGGCUGUGGUGAAACAAGCGUUGAAAGGUGCAAGGAUACAGCGGAGCAACACGUCGCUAGCAGGUGCAUGAAAGCUCAUCCAGUUUUCAAGUCCCAAGAGAGGCGCGUCAUGUCGCGGCAAUCGGUGUUUUCAUCUUUUCGUUCAGUUUGAACAACAAGGCUGCUGCCAACCACGCGCCUGCUUUCACACUUGACGGAUGUCACGGCAGGUCCUGGAACUACUGCUCCACCUGACUUGAGUGACUUCAGUCUUCGGAUAGAGAAGACCUCACUCUUAACGGGCAAAUCCAUGUCAGGCACGUACACUCCGGCCCCUGGUGGGCCCUUCUCAGCUCUCACUCCAAGCAUGUGGCCCCAGGAUAUUUUAGCAAAGUACCAUCAAAAAGACAACUUGGAACAGAAUGAACUCAAGUAUGAUGAGUUUGGCUUCAGAGUGGAUGUAGAAGAAACUGAUGAACCAAGUCCAUGGCUGGGCACUGAAGGCUCACCACAACGUGAAAACCCUCAGCAAAGGUUGCGGUGGCAAGCCCAUUUGGAGUUCACGCAUAAUCACACAGUAGGUGAUCUUACAUGGGAGCUAAUUGCACCAGUCCUUACACGAUCUGAACGUUUGCGGGGUCUCGUACUGGGCGGCAUUCCUCAUAGCAUGAGGCCACAGCUAUGGAUGCGUCUGUCUGGAGCACUUCAAAAGAAGAGGACCUCUGAGAUCUCUUACAAAGAAAUAAUCAAGAACAGCUCAAAUGAUGACACCUCCAAUGCUAAACAGAUAGAGAAGGACUUAUUGCGGACAAUGCCUACUAAUGUGUGCUUCAGUAACCUAACAAGUGUUGGGGUUCCACGGCUGCGGCGGGUACUUCGUGCUUUGGCCUGGCUUUACCCUGAUAUUGGGUACUGUCAGGGAACUGGCAUGGUUGUUUCCUGUCUGUUGCUCUUUAUGGAGGAGGAGGAUGUGCUGUGGAUGAUGUGUGCCCUGAUUGAAGACCUCCUCCCUCCAUCGUACUUCUCUUCCACACUUUUGGGUGUCCAAACAGACCAAAGAGUGCUUCGCCAGCUCAUUGUUCAGUACUUGCCAGCCCUUGACCGCCUUUUGCAGGAGCAUGACAUUGAACUGUCGCUGAUUACAUUACACUGGUUCCUGACAUCCUUUGCUAGUGUGGUGGACAUCCGAUUGCUGCUCAGGAUAUGGGACCUACUUUUCUACCAGGGGUCCAUAGUGCUAUUUCAAAUCACACUGGGCAUGCUCAAGAUAAAGGAGGAGGAGCUUAUAUCGUCGGGGAAUUCUGCGUCCAUUUUUAACACUCUGUCUGACUUGCCAAGCCAGUUGAGAGAUGGGCCUGCAGUUCUUGGGGAAGCUAUGAGGCUAGCAGGAAAUCUGUCCCAGGACACACUCGACGCACACCGGCACAAGCACCUUGCCUACAUCCUAAAUGAACAGGCCCAGCUCAACAGUGGAAACACACCGCUCAAUUCUAAUUUCAACAAGGUGGUGAGGAGACAGUCUUUGCGUAGAAAGUCCACUCUUACCUCUCUGCUAUUUGGGGAAGAUGAGGCCGAAGCUCUCAAGUCCAAAAAUAUCAAGCAGACUGAGCUGGUUGCAGCCCUUAGAGAGGCCAUAACACGCACUUCAGAGCAUUUCCACUGCCUUGACCCACGUCACUCCAGCGCUGAGCUGACACCUGACUACUCCAUGGAGAGCCACCAGCAGGACCAUGAAAAUUUCCUAGUGGUGUCCCGAAACCGACGGAGACGAGCGAAGGCGUUGUUGGAUUUUGAGCGGCAUGAUGAUGAUGAGUUGGGCUUCAGGAAGAAUGACAUCAUCACUAUCGUCUCACAGAGGGACGAACACUGCUGGGUUGGAGAGCUCAAUGGCCUUCGAGGCUGGUUCCCUGCAAAGUUUGUGGCAAUCCUUGAUGAAAGAAGUAAAGAGUACUCGUUAGCAGGUGAUGACUCUGUAACAGAAGCUGUGACUGAUCUUGCCAGAGGGACUCUAUGUCCAGCCCUGAAGGCCAUUUUUCUGCAUGGGCUCAAGAAACCUUCCAUUUUGGGUGGGCCUUGUCACCCGUGGUUAUUUAUAGAAGAGGCAGCCAGCAGAGAGGUGGAGAGGGACUUUAACUCGGUCUACUCCAGACUGGUGUUGUGUAAAACCUACAGGUUAGAUGAAGAUGGGAAGGUUCUAACGCCAGAAGAGCUCCUUUACCGAGCAGUGCAGUCAGUAAACAUGAGCCAUGACGUGGCUCACGUUCAGAUGGAUGUCAAGUUCAGGUCUCUUGUUUGCGUUGGUCUCAAUGAGCAGGUGUUGCACCUAUGGCUCGAGGUGCUGUGUUCUAGCAUGGCGGCUGUAGAGAAAUGGUAUCAUCCAUGGUCAUUUCUUCGCAGUCCUGGAUGGGUUCAGAUCAAAUGUGAACUCAGGGUCCUUUCAAAAUUUGCCUUUAGUCUCUCUCAAGAUUGUGAAUUACCUGAGCAGAAAGAGGAAAAGGAGCAGAGGCCACUUAAAGAGGGUGUGCAGGACAUGCUGGUGAAACAUCAUCUCUUCAGUUGGGACAUUGAUGGCUAGCAAACACUAAACAAAACUGCAUUCCAACUGCUGUUUGUAUCUAAGUAUGUGUGUCUUAGAAGUUUAUUUUUGUCUAAUUCUUGAACACAUUAUGGACUGUAUUAUGCCCAAUGGUAACCCAUUUCAAUUUCACCUAGCCCCCAAUUUACCAUAAACGGUCACGAGGUUACGUGACCUCAAAUGUGCGUGCAUUAAAAUGCAUCCUGUUUUUGUUUAAUGUGA